AUGUAUGUUGAGGCAGUCGAUGAUGCUACAUGGUGUAAGAAUUUUCUAGCUACUUUGAAAAGGGUAGCGCAAAAGUGGUUCAAUAAUCUUUCUCCUAGCUUGAUGAACAAUUUCACGGAGCAUAGUUAUCUAUUCACUAGCCAUUUUGUAGCAAAUUGGCAAGAGCAGAAAACUAGCAUGCAUUUGAGGAAGGUCUUCCAAGGACCAAAGGAGGCUUUAAAAAGUUUUGUCAAGAGAUUUAAUCUAGAGGCAUUGCAGAUUCAGGAUCUGAAUGCAAGAGUGGCCUUCGAUGCCUUUAUCAGGGGUUUGAGGCCAGGAAGUUUCAAGUUUGAUCUAGUAAAGAAAAAUAUCACCAAUCUAUGCCAGUGGCGGAUCCAGGAAUCUGAGAAUAGUUGGUCACACUCUAGGUAG